CACCCCAAGGCGGCGACUUCGUGGAAGUCAAAAAUGAAAUUCGAUGAGUUUCUUUUCAGCAACUUGGGCGAAAUUGGAAAGCAAGUACCAGAAGAUCCAGUUUUUCCUCGUAUGCCUUCCAUCAAUCAUCGUUUCGAUGCACGCGCUCAGUUGGACUCUGGCCGCCGUCCCGGUACCUUAUCGGUCUGUCCUCUGCUUGAUGUGCUCUACCAUCAGAAACUCACGACUCACUUUAUAAUUCGAACGACUCACGUCUUAGGAUCACCGAAUGUAAAGGAUGGGAUGGAGUUCCUGUUUCGUUGA